AGAAUUCAUUGCGCAUUCCGUCAUUUCGAUAAUGUGGGUAUUUGCAGAACAAUUUUUUGCAUCGAAGUUCAAUAUCUAUACUAACGUGCCGAAAGAAAACGUGUUUUCGACUUUUUCUGACCGAUGCACGGAAUUAGCCAAGUUUUGUGCUAGGAAUUAGCCAAGUUUUGUGCUAGGGCAUUUUAUUUCAAUGUCAGUGUGCCAAUUGUUUCAGUGAGUUUCUUCUAAUACGACAUAAUGAAAUUAUUAUCUCGAAAGUCUUUAUUUUAUCAGUGUAUUCGUUCCGAAUUUCAAUGAUUUUAUCCGGCAUUCGAGGAGCGAUCAUACAGUAAAUUCGGUCACUCUGUUAAAACAAAUAAAAGAUUUUCAUGUUGAUAGAUUUUAUAAAGCGGCUUAUAUUCAAGCAGCAAACAAUGACUGACCGAGAUACUAUAAAGAUUGAAUUUGCAGUACAAAUUUCCGGCACGAAGUGUGCUGAAAGAGUACAAUCCGCUCUAGAAGACGUAGGACAAGUUGAAAUAGAUGUCGAAAAAGGAAGUGUGCUAGUAGAAACUACUUUACCGUGGAUAGAGAUUCAGAAAAAGAUUGAAGCCACAGGACGAAGAGCAGUACUGUCAGGAUUUGGAGGCCAAUCGGCUGUUUCAAUAAUAGAUCAUGGUAACAAUUCUACUGGAGUUCGAGGUGUUGUUCGAUUUUGUGCUCUUUCCCAACAUGGUUCUGUUGUAGAUGGUGUCAUAGAUGGUCUAGAGCAAAACAAACCUUACAAAUUAAAUGUGCAUGAGUGCGGUGAUAUAUCGAACGGAUGUGAUUCAGUUGGCGAUAUCUACAAUUCCAGUGAUAUUAGUUCCGACGAAAGCGGACGGGCUACAAUAAGAUUCACGAUUCAACAUUUGAAUGUAUGGGAUGUAAUAGGAAGGUCUGUAGUUGUGGCAGAGUCUGAUAUCGAUAAAAAACUGGCCUGUGGAAUUAUUGCUCGUUCAGCUGGUAUUUUUGAAAAUUACAAAAGGAUAUGUGCUUGCGAUGGAGUGACCAUUUGGGAUGAACGAGACAAACCGUUGGCAGGAACCAAACGCAGGAACGGUCAGAAGUCAACGCUAUAAUUGUGGUAAUGGUAAACUGAUAAUAUAUUUAGUAGAAGGUCAUACUGGGUUAUUUCAUAAGGUUUGUAUGUACAUAAAGGAAUAAAAUUCCGUUUCAG